AUGUACGUUUCCUUUGAUGCACGAUCGUGGCCUAUUCAUCAGUUCCUCACUCAUUAUAACACAAUUGAUGCUCUCUACGGCUGGGCUGCAAUCAAUGGUGCAUCCAUCAAUGUUAUUGCUGACCCCAUCCCGCUCUCCGAUGCUCUGCCCAACUCCCUUGAGCUUACCAUCCCAUCUGGCUCCUCUAUUCAAGUCGGAUUCAGCAAUGAAGGCUAUUGGGGCAUAAACGUCAAUGCCUCUUGGACUUACAACGCCUCUUUCUACUACCAAAUUCCCAAGCGCAUCCGACUUUUCUGGCAAAUCUAUGCAAGCGCUUCUGUGCCUGUCUCCGGCUCCACCACAACCUGGACGCAGGUCGUGGUGCAUCUCACACCUUCCUCAAGCCCUGUGUCAACUAUCAAUAUUUUCACGGUCACGGUCGAUGGUGUCAGUGCUAUCGGAGGGAAGAUCAACUUCGCAAUGUUCUCUCUCUUCCCUCCAACAUUCAAGGGCAGAGCCAAUGGCCUGCGUAUGGACAUUGCGCAGACAUUGUAUGACAUGAAGCCUUCGUUCUUCCGUUUGCCUGGUGGUAACAACUUGGGCCAAAGCUUUUCUACACGCUGGCAAUGGAAUGCGACAGUAGGAAACCUUAUUGACCGUCCAGGACGCAUGGGUGACUGGGGAUACGUCAACACUGACGGUCUCGGUCUUCUCGAGUACAUGUAUCUUUGCGAAGAUAUGGAAAUGGAGCCCAUCAUGGCUGUAUGGGCAGGGUACUCGCUCGAUGGGGCCAGCCUCCCUGAGAACGAUCUCGCGCCAUACAUCCAACAGGCAAUCGACCAGAUCAACUUUGUCGUUGGUGACUCCGCCACGAGUAAACCAGCUGCCCUGCGUGCAUCUCUUGGUCACCCAGAACCAUUCAAUCUGCAGUAUGUCGAAAUUGGCAAUGAAGACUUUGCAUCAGAAUCGUAUAUAUACCGCUGGAGAGAUUUCGCGGGCAACUUGACGGCUAUAUUCCCUCAGCUGAAAUUCAUCGCGACCUCGUACCCCUUCAAUCCCAUUCUCGAUCCCGUCCCAAAGCAGUAUGAUAACCACGUGUACCAGACACCUGGAUGGUUCGCAGAAAAUGCGUUCUACUAUGAUUCUGUCAAGCGCGACGGCACUUACUACUUUGAGGGUGAAUAUGCUGUUGUGUCAACUAACGCCAGCGAUAUCUUCGGCAAACCCAACAAUGGUCGUCUUGUAUACCCUAAUAUGCAAGGAUCUUCAGGAGAGGCCGCAUUCAUGACCGGUCUCGAGCGUAACAGUGACAUCGUCUUCGCUGCGUCGUAUGCUCCCUUGUUAAUGAACACUGCCAACUAUCAGUGGUCACCAAACCUUAUUGCUUUUGAUGCGUCAAAUGUGUACCCAUCAACCAGCUUCUAUACACAACAGCUCUUUAGUCUCAACCGUGGAACCGAAUAUUUACCAAGCACCUGGCCUCAAAAUGGGGCACUCCACUGGAGUGUCACGCGUGAUGCACCCACCAAUACGAUUAUCAUCAAGAUUGCCAACACAGACAUGACAGAUGAAGAAAUGUCAUUCGAGCUUCCCUUCAACGGUGUUCACGACACUGGCACUGCGACAGUACUCUCAGGCUCUGCCACAUCAAACAACUCACCCGAGACUCCCAACGCUGUCAAGCCCGUCAUUUCACAGAUUAAAACUGGUAAGAUUUUCUCAUACACUGCCCCAGCAUACAGUGUCAACGUGCUGCGGGUGGAGGCGAAGUAGGGGAUAGAGUAUCGCUUGGCAACAUAUGCAUGUCACACCAAAGAGACAAUCAUAGCCUCAUACCAGGCCAUUAAUGUUUUUUUUACCUUUUACGACUCAAAGAUCAGUGUCGGCGCACACAAAUUACUGAACAUACUAGCAAAUUUUAUUAUUUGCCAAAAAGUGUGUGGACAAAAAUCGAGACACGAUCCGUUU